GAAGACGUGGGACGAUGUGCAUCGGAAUUGCGACUCAAGUGUUGGAUUGUCCAGCAAGUGACACAGCAGUUAUCAAUAGCCUUGAGGCAGCCAUAGGCGGGAAUUGAAAUUAUUCCACUGCCAUGCAGAUGAGCAACCCCUGGUGAACAUUCCAUCGUUAGGUAGUCUACGUGGAUCGCAGAUGAUAUCGGCAUCAGGCAGGAAAUUUAAUGCCUUUAGAGGCAUUCCAUACGCCCAACCGCCUGUUGGAGAUUUACGUUUUAGGGAUCCAAUUCCUGCGAAACCAUGGACAGCAAUUCUGCUGGAUGCCACUAAGGAAGGUCCAGCCUGUAUACAAGCCGAUCUUACCACAAAAGCCUUAGCAGGUCAAGAAGACUGCCUUGUAUUGAAUGUCUACACCAGAAGCGUGGGUUCCAGCAACAAUCUUUUACCGGUUAUGGUGUGGAUACAUGGCGGAGGCUUUACCACUGGCAGUGGAAAUGCUGAAAGCGAUUUGUAUGGCCCUGAUUACAUCCUUGAUCGAGAUAUUGUCUUUGUGACCAUGAACUAUCGCCUAGCUGCUUUUGGUUUUUUGAGCACGGAGGAUGAAGAAGCUCCGGGAAAUUAUGGACUCCUCGACCAGUCAAUGGCUCUCAGAUGGGUUCGAGAUCAUAUCCGCAAUUUUGGAGGUGAUGCUGAUUCGAUUACCAUUUUUGGGGAAAGUGCCGGCGGUGCCAGCGUGGAAUACCAAGUCCUAUCGCCACACUCUAAAGGACUGUUCCAUCGCGCUAUUGCGCAGUCGGGCUCGACUAGGUGCCCUUGGGCGAUGCAGAAAAGCAUGGGAGAAUAUACUCGCAUUCUGGCCAAAGACGUUAACUGUCCGACGUCCAGUUCCAAGGAAUUGCUUCAGUGCUUGAGGACCAAGGAUGUCAAAGACAUUAUGGACUCGAAGCUUAAAAUGGGUUUACCUGUGGGAUUGGGCUUGUAUCCGGUGGCAUUUGUACCACGCGUAGACAAGGAACGAGAAUUUCCGUUUCUGCCGGAUACGCCAGAAAGACUAGUAGCCAAUAAACAAUUCAAUCAAGUGCCGUUUAUUGGCGGAUUAACUGUAGACGAAGGCGGACUCUUCGCUGCAAGUUUGGCAACGGUGGAUGGCCUUGCCAUGGAAGAGUUCAAAAAAGAUCCCGUCAAGAAUGUGCUUUAUGCUCUAGCCAUGGAGAAUAAAAAAGGUGGUCUUCAUAUGGCUCAAAAGGUUUACGAUCAUUAUUUUUCUAAUGUCAAAACUGAUGCGGACAUCAUUACCCAAUAUGGAGAGCUUUCAUCGCAUAUCGAAUUUUUUAAAUGCGUCGAUGAUUCGGUUAAAGCGCUGGCCCAGCACAACCAAUUUCCAGUGUUUUAUUAUGAAUACGCUCAUCGGGGCGAAAAAUCCCUUGUUCAAAUCUUGGACUUGCCUAAAGAUUUAGAUUUUGGCGUGUCACAUGCUGACGAACUCUUGUUGAUGUUUCCAAGUUUAUUGAUGCCUCGCAUUAGCAAUCCCAAUGACCUCAAAGUAUCUAAAAUGCUGUUGGAUCUAUGGACGUCCUUUGCCAAAGAUGGGAUACCGCAAAGUGAGGACGUUGUUGAUAAAUGGCUUCCCACUACCCACGAGCAGGAACGUUACCUUCGAAUCGAGGCCAACAACCCAAAGCUCAUCAACAAUUCAAUGCCAUUUCAAUCGAAACUCGCCUUUUGGAAAACUCUGCUGACCACUGGAAAAGAAGAGCUCUAGAACGUGUUAUUCACAAAACUGUGGUUAUUUAGUUUCAAUCAUUUUAAAUCAGUUGAUAGUAUUACAGAAAAAAUUCGUUUAGGAGUGGAUUCCACAAUUUAAUAACCCGCAUUUUCGUUUUUAGUUAAAAC